GCAGAGGGUGGGAAUAUUAAUGGCCAAAUCUAGAGAUCAGAUGGUCUUCUAAGAAGUCAUGGGUAGCUGUUGUAGCUGUCCAGAUAAAGAAACUGUCCCAGAUAACCACCGAAACAAGUUUAAGGUUAUUAAUGUGGAUGAUGAUGGUAAUGAACUGGGUUCUGGCAUAAUGGAACUUACAGAUACAGAGCUAAUUUUGUACACCCGUAAAAGGGACUCUGUAAAAUGGCACUACCUCUGUCUCCGUCGCUAUGGCUAUGACUCAAAUCUUUUCUCUUUUGAAAGUGGUCGAAGGUGUCAAACUGGACAAGGAAUCUUUGCCUUUAAGUGUGCCCGGGCAGAAGAGCUAUUUAACAUGUUACAAGAGAUAAUGCAGAAUAAUAGCAUAAAUGUGGUAGAAGAACCAGUAGUAGAAAGGAAUAAUCAUCAAACUGAGUUGGAAGUACCAAGAACGCCUCGAACACCUACCACUCCUGGGUUCAAUGCACAAAGUUUACCCAACGGCUAUCCCAGAUACCCAUCUUUUGGAGAUGCUUCAUCACACCCUUCCAGCAGACAUCCUUCUGUCGGCAGCGCACGCCUCCCCUCUGUUGGUGAAGAAUCAACACAUCCUUUACUUGUAGCAGAGGAGCAAGUGCACACUUACGUAAACACUACUGGAGUACAAGAAGAAAGAAAAAAUCGAUCAAGUGUGCAUGUGCCACUGGACUCAAAGCUUUCAAACACUGAAACAACUAAAGUGAAAGAAGAUCAGAUGUGUACUGAUGACAGAGAUGCUCAGGUUCUCCUGGAGCCUGAAGGAGUGAAGUUUGUUUUAGGACCAACACCUGUUCAAAGGCAGUUAAUGGAAAGAGAGAAACUGGAACAACUUGGGAGAGAUCAAGUUAGUGGCAGCAGCACAAACAACAGUGAAUGGGACACUGGGUAUGACAGCGAUGAACGUAGAGAGACACCAUCUGGUAAUAAAUUGGUGUAUGAAAAUAUAAAUAGGUUAUCAAUCCCUAGUGCCUCAGGGGUCAGGAGAGGUCGCUUGACAUCAACCAGUACCUCAGACACCCAGAAUAUUAACAACUCUGCUCAGAGGAGAACUGCGCUGCUGAACUAUGAGAAUUUGCCAUCCUUGCCUCCUGUUUGGGAAGCCCGCAAGCUGAGCAGAGAUGAAGAUGACAGUUUAGGACCAAAGACCCCGUCUCUGAAUGGCUACCACAAUAACCUAGAUCUAAUGCAUAACUAUGUCAAUACAGAGAAUGUAACAGUACCAGCAAGUGCUCAUAAAGUAGAAUUUACACGACGUCGGGACUGUACCCCAACAGUCUUUAACUUUGACAUUAGGCGUCCAAGUUUAGAACACAGGCAGCUCAACUAUAUACAGGUUGACUUGGAAGGUGGUAGUGACUCUGACAACCCUCAGACUCCAAAAACCCCCACCACUCCACUUCCGCAAACUCCAACCAGGCGCACAGAGCUGUAUGCUGUGAUAGACAUUGAAAGAACUGCUGCUAUGUCAAGCUUGCAAAAAGCACUGCCCCGAGAUGAUGGUACUUCUAGGAAAACUAGACAUAACAGUACUGACCUGCCUAUGUGAGCCUGGGGAGCAUUGAGUCAUUUGCACCUUUUGUGAAGUUUAUGAAACUGAAGAUGCGAGUACUUUGCAUUUCUUAACACUAACGCCUUUUAUGGACUUAAUAGAACUUCUUCUGCAUACUUCAUGUACUUGUCUUACUAAAGGGAAUUAAUGUAGAGCAAGUAUUCAUUUUAGGUAACACUAUUUCAUUCUACAGUAGAAGUAAUUACUGCAUAGCAGCAUCACCACCUUCCACAGUGCCUCUUUAAUUGAUUAGAAUCUGAGUGACCUGCCAGUUUUGAAUUUAUAAAUAUUCUGGUCUGGUGCCUA